AUGGCUCAGCCCCAGUUUGGUGCCUGGGGCCAGGAGCCAGCACCCACGCUGGGGCUCGAAGGCGCCAAGGUGUGCGGCACGGAGGUGCUCCCAGAGGUGCCAGGAGCCAGACAAGAUACCAACAUGAAUUAUUGCCUAUUAAUUGCCGGGUUGCCCUUCCUCAUCAUCGAAACCAGCACAAUCCAGCCCUACCAGAGGGGCUUCUACUGCGACGACGACAGCAUCAGGUACCCCCUGAAGACGAUGGAGACAAUCAACGAUGCGGUGCUUUGUGCUGCAGGCAUCCUCAUUGCCAUCCUUGCUAUAAUAACCGGAGAGCUCUACCGCAUCCACUACCUGAAGGAGAAGUCACGUUCCUUUAUCCAGAACCCCUACGUGGCUGCUCUCUACAAGCAGGUGGGCUGCUUCGUGUUUGGCUGUGCCAUCAGCCAGUCCUUCACAGACAUUGCCAAAGUGUCCGUCGGGCGCUUGCGGCCGCAUUUCCUGGAAGUCUGCGACUUGGAUUUCUCCACCAUCAACUGCGCCAAGGGAGUUUACAUCCAGAACUACACCUGCAGGGGAAGCGACAGCAAGGUCCAGGAGGCCAGGAAAUCCUUCUUCUCGGGGCAUGCGUCCUUCUCCCUCUACACCAUGCUGUACUUGGUGUUUUAUCUGCAGGCCAGAUUCACGUGGAAGGGCGCCCGCCUGCUCCGGCCCCUCCUCCAGUUCACCCUCAUCAUGAUGGCGUUUUACACCGGCCUGUCGCGUGUGUCGGACCACAAGCAUCACCCCACCGACGUGCUGGCAGGCUUUGCACAGGGAGCCCUGGUGGCUUACUGCGUGGUAUUUUACGUCUCAGAUCUCUUCAAGCCCAAGAUAAAGACUUGCCUGCCUCCACCACCCAUCCGGAAGGAGAUCCUUUCACCUGUGGACAUCAUUGAGCGAAAUAACCAUCACAACAUGGUGUAGACCUUUGAGCAAUUGGAUGGGUGUUGUGUUUUAUUUUAUUUUUAUUUUUUUUAUUAUUUUUUUUUCAAAAAAUGACUGCUGACAGCAACUACCUGCUGCUCUCAAAUCUCAUCAGACAGUAGAAUGUAGGGAGAGACUUUCUUGCCUGACCAGUAAAGUCUUACUCUGUGGUCUUUUCAACUUGCAACAUGUGGAUUAAAGGGGUGGUGGUCAACUUGGUCACGUAAGUCAAAACGACAGUGAGAAAGCAAAAACAAAUAAACAAAACAGAAAAGCCAAGCAAACACAGAGAGGUGCCGGAGUUCUGGAUGUGCAAUUGGUUUGAGUGUUCAUGUUGUAGUGAACGCCAAAUUGUUCAUAGGCUAAUGAACACUAAGGGAUUUU